UUAACGUCACUUACUGAAACACACACACAGACACAAAUACUGGAGGGACUCGGCAGGCCAGGCAGUGGACGUUGCGGCCGAAACAUCGACUAUUUACUGUUUUCCUCAGCUGUUGCCUGACAUGCUGAGCUCCUCCAGCAGAUUCUGUGUCUCGCUUAGCAGGAAGUGCGUACAUUGGUGGAUGGCGAUGCUAAAAAGGGUGAAGCACCUUCAAUUACUCCAAAAGUCUGAGGUUUGGUAAAAUACUGAAAGGCUUUUAUUCGCUGUACAAUACGACCUCCACAGUGAGUGUCGGCCCUGGACUGAGGGCGACGGGCAAGGCGAACACCUUUAUACUGGACUCUGCGGGAGGAGCCACAGGAGCAGUCAGCAGAGGGUUGUGUCCAGACAGAACAUGAAUUACUCAAGAUUUAUCAACGCAGUGGGUGCAGCUCGAAAGUUAUCACCCAUCAGGGUACUGACUGAGCUGCUGCAGAGGAGCCCACCGACCAUGAUCUCUCUCGCAGGGGGGAUGCCAAACCCCGACAUGUUCCCCUUUGAGUGUGCCAACUUCACCAUAAAGGGUGGACCAAGCAUCACGUUUGGCCAAGAGACAAUGAAACGUGCUCUACAAUACUCCGGUUCAGCAGGAAUUCCGGAGUUAAUAUCCUGGAUGAAAGAUCUGCAGAAACAUCUUCACAAUCCCCCAACUGCGAACUACAGCCCUGAACAAGGUCAGAUGGAUCUGUGCGUCACUAAUGGCAGUCAGGAGGCCCUCAGUAAGGUGUUCGAGAUGCUCGUCAGUCCUGGAGACACCGUCCUUCUUGAAUGUCCCACGUAUGCUGGGACACUAGCUUCGCUCCAGCCACUGGGCUGCAAGCUCCUCAGCAUCAUGACCGACCAACACGGGGCCAUUCCCCAGUCCCUGUCCGACACCCUCUCCAGAUGGAAGCCAGAGGAAGCGAAGGAUCCCAGCUCAGAUAUCCCAAAGGUUCUGUACACAAUUCCAAAUGGCGGGAACCCAACUGGAGCCUCCAUGACAGCUGAGAGGAAGAUGGAAAUAUAUCAGAUUGCCAGAAAAUAUGACUUACUGAUAAUUGAAGACGAUCCUUACUUUUUCCUGCAGUUUGAAAAGCCUUGGACACCAUCAUUCCUCUCUCUGGACGUUGAUGGUCGGGUACUAAGGACAGACUCCUUCUCCAAGAUCUUAUCCUCAGGACUACGAAUUGGAUUCCUUACUGGUCCUAAGCCACUCGUCAAUCGAAUCGUUCUCCACAUCCAAUGCUCCACAAUGCACACCAGCACACUAUCACAGAUCCUGGUUGCGGAGCUGCUUCACCAGUGGGGACAGAGUGGCUUUCUGGCACACGUUGACAGAGUGAUUGAGUUCUACAAAAAGCAGAGGGACGCCAUGCAGACGUCUGCUGAAAGGUGGCUGAAAGAUCUCGUUGAGUGGAAUGUUCCAAGUGCUGGUAUGUUCUUCUGGAUGAAGCUAAAGGGAUUUCCAGACUCUCACCAACUCAUCUCAGAGAAAGCCUUAGAAAAGGAGGUGCUGCUUGUCCCUGGUCAAGCCUUCAUGCUCGAUAGUUCAGCCCCCUGUGCGUAUGUGCGUGCCGCCUAUUCUGUCUCCACCCCUGAGCAAAUAGAUCAGGGUUUUCAACGACUGGCUGCACUCAUCAAGGAAUCAAUAUAAUGCUAUAAUAUAUAAGUCAAAAAUUACCUCACACUUUUCUUGUCUACCUGUUAAACCAGAAUUGAAGCUGCACUUGCCAAAGAGAAUUUGACAUGUGGGAAGAAUAUCCUGUCAGUGUUGGUUAUUUUCUGGGCAGCCUCCAAGGAAUGGAAGAACGUGGGUCAUGACUUUCUAAAGAAAAUCUGGGCAUCAAGAAUUGAUCACUUGGUGGACUAUAUAUGUAAAAUAAAAUUGCCCUUUAUUAAAAUACUUUGCUCUUACAGAACCACUUCAUAGGCAUGGUGU